AACCUUAUUGAAAUCUUUGGCUUCCAUCAUAGCUCGGUUUCUCUUUCUUUCGUCAUUCUUUAGCCAAUGGGAGUCUCGUGGUCGCUUAUGCAGCUGACAGUAGCGACGAAAGAUGAAAACUUUUUGCCCCACUGAUCUCCGAGGAGGAUUUAUGCGUUUUGUUCUGUUUUUUUUCUUUUUCUGGGUUUUACAGCUCGGUCUCUCCAAAAGGUUUUCAUUCGGAUUUUGAUUAGCUGGGAUUUUUUCCUUCUCCUUCUUGUGUUUCCUCUUCUUGUUCUUCUUCUUGACCAAGGCUUAUGUUGUUAUGCAGAUUAGCUGUUGUUUUUACCAUUUCUUAAAGGCUUUCCUUUUCCAUCAUUUGUCAGUUGUUUUUUUGAUUUAUUUCUUGUCAUUUUCUGAAAUGGGAGGUUUAUGGUCAGAAUAGGAAUAUUAUAAAUGGGUUUCUUGUUUAAUCUGUACACCUUCAUUUAGCUUAUGAAGGGUUGAAAAUAGUCCCCCACUUCUCAUUUUCAAUGGGUCCUUUUUAUGCUGUCUGGUUUCAUGAUCUUUAAGACUGUAUACUAUUUUCGGCUUCUGUCUCUGGUUGAUAGAGCUCUCUUGGAGACACUUUGUCCUGUACUAACUGGCUUGCCAUGAGGUGAGACGGGGCUGAGAAAGGAGGAAAGAUUUCCCUCUAUUUGUUCUCCUGAAGAUAAAUGGAUACUGUUAGGCAAUCUUCAGUCACCCCAUCGUCGAAGAGCAAGUUGGCACGAACCUUUGCCAAAGUCCUUCAUAUUCGGGUUGCUACCGGGGUUGCACCAGUAGAUGGGAUCAAGAAAGUCAAGCCCCAGUUGAAAGUCAAAGAAGAUCAGCUCAAGAGUGAUCUAAAUAAAAGCAAUAAUCAUUCUCUAUCCUUCGAGGAGAAUGAGGUAGAUGAGCUGAUUCGAAAGAGGGAGGCUUUAGAGGCUCUUCUCGCUAAGAUAUUUGCCAGCCUUUCGACUGUGAAGGCAAACUAUGCGCAGUUACAGUUUUCUCAGUCUCCUUAUGAUGCUGAUGGGAUUCAAUCGGCAGAUCAGUUGAUUGUCUCGGAGCUGAAGAAUCUCUCUGAACUGAAGCAAUGUUUCGUGAAGAACCAGUUGGAUAUGCCUCCCGAGACAACUCUUUUAAUGGCCGAAAUUCAAGAGCAGAAGAGCCUCUUGAAGACAUACGAGAUCAUGGGUAAGAAGAUGGAGUUUCAGUUUAAGCUGAAGGACUCUGAGAUCACGUUCUUGAAGGAGAAGCUCGAGGAGUUGAACAGGGAGAAUAGGUCCCUAGAGAAGAGCUUGAACCAGAGCGGGCCACUUUCGGUGCUCAAUAACCUGCACCUAUCUGGUCUGGGCCCCACACACUUCGUGACAGUGCUCCGCCACACCAUGAAGUCUAUGCGGAGCUUCGUGAGAUUAUUGAUUGAUGAGAUGAAAUCGGCUGAUUGGGAUAUCGAUGCUGCGGCCUCUGCAAUUGAGCCCAGAGUCACUUACUCGAGGGCAGACCACAAGUGCUUCGCCUUUGAAUCAUAUGCCUGCAGGGAAAUGUUCGAAGCAUUUCAGUUCCCCAACUUCAGUUUGCCAAAUGAGUCCUUGCCGGAGAAAUCGAGACGGAAACAACUCUUCUUCGAUCGGUUCGUGGAGCUCAAGUCAUUGAAGCCCAAGGAAUACCUGACCAUGAAGCCCAGAUCGGCUUUUGCGAAAUUCUGUCGGGUUAAGUACUUAAAGCUCAUCCACCCGAAGAUGGAGUCGGCGUUCUUCGGGAACCUAAACCAGAGGAACCUCGUGAACUCAGGGGGCUUCCCCGAGACAACAUUCUUCGCAAUGUUUGCUGAGGUUGCGAAGCGGGUGUGGCUCCUGCACUGCCUAGCCUUCUCAUUCGAGCCCGAGGCAGCGAUCUUUCAGGUAGCCAGGGGGUGUCGGUUCUCCGAAGUGUACAUGGAGACCGUGGCAGAGGAAGUCAUAGAGAACGGGUCCGACUAUGACCCGAGGGUGGCUUUCACAGUCGUACCUGGGUUCAAGAUCGGGAGGGCCGUGAUCCAAUGCCAGGUUUAUUUGGUAAACUCCAGGUUGAGGUGAUUGGUAGCCCGAUUCACUGGGAUCAGUGGCGGUCAUUAGAUUUCGCUUUUUGUUAUUAUAUCCCGGGUUUACCCGAUGCCCCGUCAAUGAUCCUAGUGUAAAUACUAUUUUCAGUAGGUCGGUUCAAUAUCAAUUGUUAUUAUCUUAUGGACUAAUGCGAAACCAAACAGUCGAUAUCGAUUGGACCGAGCGGCACGCGGCAACGGACGGACAGUACGCGGGCCCCGACAAACCCGGGGCCCGAGGGGCAAGCUGGAAGCAGCUAAUCUUGUUGAUUCGUUCCAUACGAUAAGAAAACAUCAUAGGAAUACGGGAGGAAAUGGUUUUUACUAUGCUAGAUGGGAUGUGCAUGACUGCAUGGUUUGGGGAGUAGUGAGGAAAAGGGAAUAGAAAUUGGCCGUUUCUGGGAUGAAGGAAAGCGCGUGGACCAUGGCAUUGGGCACGGAGCCAGCCAGAAUCUCUCCUCUCUUUUUUUUAUAAUGGUUUUUCUUCUUUUUCUAAUUUUAAUAAUUUAUUGUGAUGAUUUAUCAAAGACAUCCUCGAUCCUACCCUCAAUUUUGUUAA